CCUUCUUGCUGUGAGGCGACAGUGCUACCUGCUGCACCACCGUGCCGCCUUCAGUAUGUAUUAAUGAGAGUUAGUCAGUUCACCAUAGUCAACACUGCAGUCAUUAACACAGAGGUGUUCUGUAAUGAACUCUUGACUAUAGCAUCGUCAAUCACAGUCUACACAUCAGCAUUCCCCAAACAGAGGAGCAAUAUAUCCACAAAUAUGUCAAACUUUCAUUACAUGUAUUUUAAAUAUUUAACAAAUGCAUAAAACUGCUGACUACAACUUUUACCUUCAUGCAUGUCAUUUAAUGCUGUAAAAUAUUAUACAUGACAUGAAAUCUGACACAGGCAACAGGAGCAAAACAAGUCAAAUAAAAGAGGCCAAAAUCAAAUAUUUCAAUACAUUUCUGACGCAUAUAAAUGUGGAAAUAUAUGCAUUUCUUCAGUCUCUGUGAUGUAAGCUUCCAUUAACUGGCAGUUCUGCAAUAAGAUCAACUGAGCUGAGCUGGCCGAUAUGAGCGCGCGCUGUAGAUGUGAAUGUGUGCGCGCGCGCGCGCCCUCCUCGGGUCUGUUAUUCCAGAUGAGCCUGACGCAGGAGCUGCUCAUUAAACUAAUGGACUGAUCUGAGAUCCGAUACAGCCCGAGUCCAGCAGCUUAACUUACACACACACACACACACACGCUUGAACACGCACACAGGCGAGCUGUAGCCGCGCGCGGAGGAACACCCGAGCGAGCCGCAGGUGAGCCAUCUGAUGCUCCGCCGGAAACAGCGCCUCUGGCCGGGCACACAAACACCGGAGACCCGCGCGGAUGAGCUCCGCUUGACGGAAGAUGAGGAUGACGGUGGUCAGAUGAGCUGAAUUCCGUCUCAAGUGAUGAAGAUGAUGGUGGUGAUGUGUGUGUGUGUUCUGUGAGGAGCAUCUCCGCGCCGUGAUGAUGAUGAUGAUGAUGAUGCUGUGUGGAUGAAGAUGAUGUUUAUGCUGGCUGGAGCGGUUCUGGUGCUGGCCAUCGUGUGUGUGUCCGACAUGAACGCGCUGCUGGACCGAUUUCACAACUUCAUCCUGCCGCGCAUGCGCGGACCCGAGCGCGUGUGUCACUGCACCUGCGGCAGGCAUCAUGUGGAGUAUGUGAUCCCGUACGAGGGCUCAGGCUCUCUCUCCGCAGGCUCCGGGGCCCCGCCAGCGGGCAGCAGCGUGAGCAAACAGGAGCUGGAUCUGGUUCUGGGUCUCCUGAUGGGCUUCUGCAUCAGCUGGAUCCUGCUGUGGCUGGACGGUGCUUUUCACUGUGCACUGCGUUUCUGGAGGAGCAGCAGACACUAUGGAGCUGACGGGGAUGUGUGGAGGUCAUGGCGGUGGGUUUCUCGCGUCUGUAACCUGCGGGAGCUGCGCAGACGCCUGCAGACGCGCCGCGAGGACGCCCCAGACGCCGCCGCUAAUAAUGUGGUCCACGUGCGGCAGAAGCUCUACCACAACGGGCACCCGAGCCCGCGCAGACUCUGACAGACAGACAGACAAACUCUCCGUGUGUGUUUCUGCUUGCUGUGUGUUUUUCACGGGUUUUGUGAGUGUUAGUUUUGUAGGGGUCGACUCGUCACCAGGGAGGGGUUUGCAUUUUUUAGACCACUAUUUGUGUACAGGGUAACUGUUUUAGCACAGGGCAUGCUGGGUAAUGUGUAGUCCAGCCGAUCCGCUGCUGUGUUCGCUGUUUGUGUGACAUUAAAGUGAUGGUUUGAUGGA